GAGAGUUGCGCGUGGAGCAGAGGAGAGAGCCUCUCAGGAUGGUGCUGAUUGGGAAGACUGGCUGUGGAAAGAGUGCAACUGCAAAUACCAUUUUGGGCAAUGAAUGUUUUCGUUCUAAGGCUUCUCAAAAGUCAGUGACCAAGCUUUGCCAGAAAGAAGAGGGAGAGAUUAAUGGACGGCCUGUUGUUGUGGUCGACACCCCUGGCUUGUUCGACACGGCUCUGUCCAAUGAUGAGGUUGGACAGGAGCUUGUGAAAUGUGUCAGCUUGUUGGCUCCUGGACCUCAUGUGUUCUUACUAGUGCUGCAGAUCGGCCGCUUUACACAGGAGGAAAAAGAAACUGUGGAACUGAUCAAGAAGUUUUUUGGCAACAAGUCAGAAGACUUCAUCAUUCUUAUAUUCACCAGAGGAGAUGAUCUUAAAAAUCAAACAAUUGAGAGUUACAUUGAAGAAGACUGUGAAGACUAUGUCAAAACUCUGACCAGUGAAUGUGGAGGAAGAUACCAGGUCUUCAAUAACAAUGAUCAGAGGAAUCGUUCUCAAGUCAACCACCUGUUGACCAAGAUUGAGGCAAUGGUGAGGAAAAAUGGCAGAGGCCACUACAACUCAGAGAUGUUCCAAGAGGCAGAAGCAGCCAUACAAAAGAAGAUGAAGAGGAUACUGAAGGAGAAGGAAGAGGAGGUACAGAGACAGAAGAUGUCUCUUGUAGAACAAAUCAAAGAAGAAAUGAGAAGAAACAAAAUGAACAUAGAAGAAAAGUGGAGGAUGAAAGACAAUCCAAAGAAUUACAAGAAAACUUUCAGAAGAAAGUGGAGGACAUGAAUAAGAGAAACGAAGAGGAGGCCAGAAAGCAAGCUGAAGAGUACAAUGAAUUCAAAGAGAGAUAUACCGCAGGCUU